AUUGGAGCAAAGAGAAAAGCAAUAACUGUAGCCUGAGGAGGACAGACGGGGCCCUCUGCUCUGCAGCUCGCCCUGCAGCCGCGCUUCAUCUCCUCCCUCUGCAGAACCCUCUCUGAGCUCCUGCUGGCUUUAACCCCAUGGAUUCUGGCCCAGCUCGUUGGCAUGGAGACGAAUGCAGGGUGCCCCCUCGCUCUGUAGAGGCUCGCUAUCAAACAAACAUCUAUUUUCAGCUGCAGAGCUCCAACUUUUCCCCCUAGUCCAUCCCUGUUUUCAACUACAGGACUCCCAGGACCUGUCUUUGUCCGACCCAGCGUCCUCAUCAAUCUGUGCUGCAAGCGGCACUGGUACAAUGGAAGGAACCUCGGGAAUGGAGCCUUAGAGGUGGGAGACAGGCGGAGCGCAGAGGAACACAGAGAUCAGGGAACAGAGCGGACCUUUAGAAGGGCCGAAUGGAUCUCAGAAAAGAGACGAAUGGAUCUUCUCUAACCUGAAGAAGCGGAUCAGCUGAUCUGAGGAGGACACUUCUGAAGGUUUGCCUUUAAAUCUGGACAAUCUUUCAAGGAGGCGGUCUGUCCCAGUCAGAUGGACAGAGGAGGUCCGGGAGGAGAGGCUGUGGUGAAACUUCUCCCUAAACAACAAGACGCGCAUCCCAGGACCUGAUCAUCAUGGACGACUCCAGCAUUUUAAGGCGCAGAGGUCUCCAGAAGGAGUUGAGCCUUCCCAGAAGAGGCAGUUUAAUCUGGUCACCAGCACAGCUGCGUUGCCAAGGCAACAGCAGCCUCCUCUUUCAGCACCUGCUGUCUCCUACCUCCUUUCAUCCCUCUGUCGAUCAGCCCUCCUCUUCCUCCUCCCCUCCAUCCUUCUUCCCCUCUGACGGCCCUCUCUCUGCCCCCGUUUACCUGCGAGGAAAUCCCUUCCUCUGGAGCUGUCGAGCGAGCAACAGGAAGAGUUUGAUUGUGACGUCCAGCACCUCCCCGACUCUUCCUCGACCGCACUCACCUCUGCACGGACACACAGGCACCAGCCCACUGGACAGCCCCCGCAAUUUUUCCCCCAACACAGCUGCUCACUUCUCCUUCAUUCCUGCACGGAGCCACGGACACAGAGCUGACAGGACCGAUGGCCGACGCUGGUCUCUGGCCUCGCUGCCCUCCUCUGGGUACGGCACCAACACCCCCAGCUCCACCGUCUCAUCCUCCUGUUCAUCUCAGGAGAAGCUCCACCAGCUGCCCUUCCAGCCCACGCCGGACGAGCUGCGCUUCCUCACCAAACACUUCAGCUCAGAGAGCAUCACGGACGAGGACGGCCGCCGCUCCCCCGCCAUGAGACCGCGCUCCCGCAGCCUCAGCCCUGGACGCUCGCCGGUCUCCUUCGACCACGAGAUCAUGAUGAUGAACCAUGUUUACAAGGAGCGGUUUCCCAAGGCUACGGCUCAGAUGGAGGAGCGUCUGGCCGAGCUGCUGGCCUCCUCGGCGCCGGAUAAGGUCCGCCCGCUGGCCGACGGGGCCCUGAGCUUCAUCUACCAUCAGCUGAUCGAGUUGUCCAGGGACUGCCUGGUCAAAAGCAGAGAGGACCUCAUCACGUCCAGAUACUUCUACGAGCUGCAGGAGAACCUGGAGAAGCUGCUGCAGGACGCUCACGAGCGCUCAGAGAGCGAAGAGGUGACGUUUGUCACACAGCUGGUGAAGAAGCUCAUGAUCAUCAUCGCCCGGCCGGCCCGACUCCUGGAGUGUCUGGAGUUUGACCCAGAGGAGUUCUACCAUCUCCUGGAAGCGGCUGAAGGCCACGCCAAAGAAGGUCAGGGCAUCAAGUCCGACAUUCCGCGGUACAUCAUCAGCCAGCUGGGCCUCACAAGGGAUCCUCUGGAGGAAAUGACCCAGCUGAGCAGCUAUGACAGCGGGAACCCAGAGACACCAGAGGCUGAUGACGCAGCCGAUGGCCAAAGUUCCACCAUCCCUGCUGCUCCACCUCAGUCCAGAACCAAAACUCCUCGAGAGGAAGACUUUGAGACCAUCAAGCUGAUCAGUAACGGAGCCUACGGGGCGGUGUAUCUGGUGCGUCAUAAGGAAACUCGGCAGCGAUUCGCCAUGAAAAAGAUCAACAAGCAGAACCUCAUCCUAAGGAACCAGAUCCAGCAGGCCUUUGUGGAGCGAGACAUCCUGACCUUUGCAGAGAACCCGUUUGUUGUCUCCAUGUUCUGCUCCUUUGAGACCCGGAGGCACCUCUGCAUGGUGAUGGAGUAUGUGGAGGGUGGGGACUGCGCCACCCUGCUGAAGAACAUACGGGCGCUGCCCGUGGACAUGGCUCGGAUGUACUUCGCUGAGACCGUCCUGGCCCUGGAGUACCUUCACAACUACGGCAUCGUCCACCGAGACCUCAAACCCGACAAUCUGCUAAUCACUUCUCUGGGACACAUCAAGUUGACGGACUUCGGGCUCUCCAAGAUCGGCCUGAUGAGUCUGACCACCAACCUGUAUGAAGGCCACAUAGAAAAGGACACCAGGGAGUUCCUGGACAAACAGGUGUGCGGCACCCCGGAGUACAUCGCCCCGGAGGUGAUCCUGCGUCAGGGCUAUGGAAAGCCGGUGGACUGGUGGGCCAUGGGGGUCAUCCUGUAUGAGUUCCUGGUGGGCUGCGCUCCGUUCUUUGGAGACACCCCUGAGGAGCUGUUUGGUCAGGUGAUCAGCGAUGAGAUCAUUUGGCCGGAGGGCGACGAAGCGCUGCCUCAGGACGCUGAGGACCUCAUCACACAGCUGCUCCGACAAAACCCCCUGGAGAGGCUCGGAACAGGAGGAGCCUUCGAGGUGAAGCAACACCCAUUCUUCAGCGAGCUGGACUGGAACGGGCUGCUGAGGCAGAAGGCAGAGUUCAUCCCUCAGCUGGAGUCAGAGGACGACACCAGCUACUUUGACACUCGAUCGGACCGGUACCACCACAUGGAUUCAGAGGACGAAGAUGACACCAACGAUGAUGAGCAUGUGGAGCUUCGACAGUUCUCCUCCUGCUCUCCUCGCUUCAGCAAGGUGUACAGCAGCAUGGAGCGUCUGUCUCUCCAUGAGGAGAAGAGGACUCCUCCUCCCACCAAGCGCAGCCUGAGUGAGGAGGGAGGAGAUCGCAUCGACAGCCUGAGCGGACUCAAAUCCCGGGAUCGGUCCUGGCUGGUCGGAUCCCCAGAGAUUCUGAGGAAGCGGCUGUCUGUCUCUGAGUCCUCCCACACGGAGAGCGACUCCAGUCCGCCUCUGACGGUCAGGAGACGCUGCUGUUCUGCCAUCAUAGAGAUGCCGCGCUUUGCUAUCUCGGCCGAGGAGGAGGCAAGUCCAGGGGGUGCUGGCAGCAGGAAAAGUACAGGCCUGAUUGGUCCUAACGCAGUGAGGGGCCCGCGCUCCGAGGAUCUCCCGCUCACCAUCCCAGAGCUCCCAGUGGAGCGGGAGCUGAAGCUGGACGAGUCGCCCACAACGCCGAGCUCCACCAGCAGCCAGCUGAGCAAGUCCACACUAACACCGGGCAGCUCCGGGGACGUGUGCGAACGAACAAACGGCGGCGGGGCACCUAAACCAGAUGCUGACUCUCCGUCUACGCCGAAGGCCAUCAGCGACCUUGCGGCUCGCAGGGCGCGCCAUCGCCUAAUGUCUGGAGAUGCAGACAAACACGCAGCAAGCUCAUGCUCGCGGCCGUUCACCAAAGUCAUCAAGUCGGCCUCGGCAAAUACUCUGUCACUGGUGAUCCCUGGAGAUCAUCACGGAGCGUCCCCAUUGGCCAGCCCCAUGUCUCCUCACUCGCUUUCGUCCAACCCGUCGUCCCGGGACUCUUCGCCGAGCCGUGACCUGUCUCCAGCCGUGACCAACAUCAAACCAGCCAUCGUCAUCCACCGAGCGGGAAAGAAGUACGGCUUCACCCUGAGAGCCAUCCGGGUCUACAUGGGAGACAGCAACAUCUACACCGUACAGCACAUGGUCUGGCAUGUGGAGGAGGGGGGUCCGGCACACGAGGCGGGGCUGAGGAAGGGCGAUCUGAUCACCCAUGUAAACGGCGAGCCAGUCCACGGUCUAGUUCACACUGAGGUGGUGGAGCUCAUACUGAAGAGCGGAGCCAAAGUCUCAAUCUCUGCCACGCCGUUUGAAAACACGUCCAUCAAAGUCGGUCCCGCCCGCAAGACAACGCACAAGUCCAAGAUGGCGAGACGCAACAAGAAAACGAAGAACAAGGAGGGGCAGGACAGCAGCAAGAAGAAGACGUCUCUGUUCAGGAAGAUCACCAAGCAGGCGUCCCUCCUCCAUACCAGCCGCAGUCUGUCUUCCUUGAACCGCUCGCUGUCUUCAGGGGAGAGCGGCCCCGGCUCACCCACUCAUAACCUGUCGCCACGGAGCCCCACGCAGGGGUACCGGUCCACACCAGACUCUGCUCAUUCAGUUGGAGGAACAUCGUCCCAGAGCAGCUCUCCCAGCUCCAGCGUUCCCAACUCCCCGGCCAGCUCCGGCCACAUCCGCCCCAGCUCCCUGCACGGCCUCGCCCCCAAGCUCCAGCGCCAGUACCGCUCUCCCCGUCGCAAGUCUGCGGGUAACAUCCCCCUCUCCCCCUUGGCCCGGACACCGUCCCCCACCCCCCAGAGCAGCUCCCCCCCGCGCUCUCCGUCUCCCCUCCCUAAUCACGCCAUGGGGCAGCCCUUCCCAGUGAAGCUCCAUUCCUCCCCUCCGCUGGUCAGACAGAUAUCGAGGCCUAAGAGCGCCGAGCCUCCUCGCUCCCCGCUCCUCAAGAGGGUGCAGUCGGCUGAGAAACUCGCCCCAUUACUAUCCAGCUCGCCUUCUUCUCCUGCCGCAGUGGGCGGAGCAUCGGGAGCAACGGCGGGAAGCAGGAAGCACAGCCUGGACAUCUCCCAUUCGGAGUUUAAGAAAGAGAUUCUGCAAAGGGAGCCAAGCUUCCAGAGCCUUCAGGAGUCGGCCAGCGAGGGGCUGCUGUCCUCCGCGGGCCGCGGCCUGGAGAAGGGAGGACUUCAUCCAGGCAGGAAACUGGGGCGUCAGGAAGGCGACCAGGUGACCGGAUCCCUCGGUCUGACCCAUGGGAAGAGCAAGCUGAAGGACAAGCUGUCGGCCAUCCGGCAGGACCGUGCCGAGAGGCGUGAGUCGCUGCAGAAACAGGACGCCAUCCACGAAGUGGACUCCUCAGAGGACGAGACGGACGAAGGCUCAGAGGACAGCCAGGACGGACGCAGGGCAGCCUCCUUCGCACCUCCCCCCCUGCUGAGACCCACCUCUGUGAGGACGGGUCCUGGCGGGACACUGCCAUCCCUUUGCCUCGCUCCCUGCACCCCCCACGCCACCUUCAGCCACAUGGGGCCACCCCCCGCCCCUCUGUCCUCAGCUGGAAGUCCGCUCUCAUCUGUGGAGGAGGCGAACGAACCGGAGCGGAAGCUUCCAGAGCCGACACAGGUCUCCUUCUCCACCCCCGGCAGCGCUUUCAUAUCCGUCACCAAGCCAACCCCGCAACCAGACCAGCAGAACCCCCCAGAAACCCGGGAGCCCCCCCGCGCCUCCUGCUCCUCCCCUGGCAUCCCUAAAGAGAAGAAGGAGGCGGAUAACCGCAGGCUGUGUGCAGCUGCUGGUCAGAACAGCCCAACCUCAGCAGCCUCCACGCCCCCCCAGGGUCCCCUGGCCCCGCCCACUGAGAGCGGCAUGGAGCGGGUUGUGUCCCAACUCGCCACGGUAGCAAAGAGCGUCCUGGGUCCGGUCAAACUCACCUCGUCUUCAGACAAAUCCUCAAAGGAGCAGAAGCCAGCCCCCCAAUCCCCCAGCAGACUGAGGACAGACCGCUCUGCUUCUUCAACCAAACCCCCCUCCCAGAGAGACUCUGCAGCACCACAGUCCUGCAGGGAUGCACCGGAGCGGCCCACGCCAAGAGCCGCUACGGCGCCUGAGCCCCCGCUCCGAAGGCCCGACCCCCCGACCACCACUGCCAGCGCUGCUGCGGUCUCACAGCACGGCAAAGCCUCCAACAGGAAGACGUAGCAGCAGAAUCCCUCGCCCCGUUCUCAGCUGCGCCUUCAAUUUCACGCUUAUCUGGUACUUUUAGU